CAUCUAGCGUACGUCUACGUAACGAUGUAGUACCUCCUCUCGAUCAAGAGUGGUUAGAGAACGAGGUGAUAAGACGUUGCGGCGAUUAAAAGCGUGGUUCCGUGACUGCUUUCCACGCUGCUUGUCCACUUCUUUAAAAAAUGAAUGAGGAAGUUCACGAGGAGGAAGGGGUAGGGACUUUGUGCAACGGAGCUGUGCCUGUGGGAGAAUCAAAUAGUCCUGCACAACUCUCUGAAAAUGUAACAAGUUUAACUUCAGAUGGCAAGAACAGCAAGCUUAUUAUGUGCCAAUUCUGCACCUCCAAGAUUUUGGAGCCUCAGAUGGGGAAAUUCAUAGAAAAAGAAUGUGGUCUGCCUCGCAUAACAGCUUCAAAAGCAGCACCUUCACAAGAAUGUGAUAUAUUGAAGGAGUUCUUCCAAGUGGACAACAUUUAUCAUUUCUUGAAUCUUGGGUUUUCCAAUAAUGUGGGCCAUGUGAAGUACCUUGCCUGUGCAGACUGUGAGGCUGGUCCUAUUGGCUAUCAGGACUUACAGAGUGGAUUGUCAUAUGUUGCCAUUGAACGUGUGAGGCUUGUGUGAUAUUCUGUCCUGAUCCAAUAAUAUAUCAUUCAUCUGUACCACA